AGAAUCCAGCUGAAUUGUGAGCUGGGGCGCUUUACCGUGAGGCUGCAAAUCAAGCAGAUGUGCUUGCUGUGAAUUGUUACAGUGUCUGGACUUUUCUGUACCAAAGGCGAUAGCACCUUCCUUCUUCAGUAAUUUUUUUCAUUCUAUUAUAUUGUGUGUGUUCUCUGUAAAGGGAAUGAAAUGGAGAAGUUGAAGAAAUAUGCAUUGCUGAAAGAUGAAGAUCAGUUUUAUCAUGAGGGAGCUGUGGAGUUGCUAGUCUUUAACUUUCUGCUCAUUCUUACAAUAUUAACCAUCUGGUUGUUUAAAAACCACCGAUUCCGCUUUCUGCAUGAAACUGGAGGAGCUAUGGUUUAUGGUCUUGUAAUGGGAUUAAUUAUACGAUAUGCAACAAAAACAUCAGAUGUUGAAAAUGGAACUGUUUACGAAUGUGAAAAGCUGAAAUCAGGGCCAUCCAGUCUACUCAUUAAUAUAACUAAUCAGGUCUAUGAAUACCAAUACAAAAGAGAGAUCAAUCGUCACAAUGUCAAUGGUCACCAGGGCAACGCAAUGCUUCAAAAGAUGACUUUUGAUCCUUCUAUCUUCUUCAGUAUUUUGCUGCCACCUAUUAUAUUUCAUGCUGGAUAUAGUUUAAAGAAGAGACAUUUCUUUCGUAACUUAGGAUCAAUUUUAACGUAUGCAUUUUUGGGAACUGCCAUCUCCUGCAUUGUCAUAGGCUUGAUAAUGUAUGGUUUUGUGAAGGCCAUGGUACACAUUGGCCAGUUAAAAGAAUGGGAAUUCCAUUUCACCGACUGUUUAUUUUUUGGAUCACUAAUGUCUGCCACAGAUCCAGUGACAGUCCUUGCUAUUUUCAAUGAGCUGCAUGUGGAUACAGAUUUGUACACACUACUGUUUGGAGAGAGCGUCCUAAAUGAUGCUGUAGCUAUUGUGCUGACGUACUCUAUAUCCAUUUACAGUCCUAAGGAGAAUCCUAAUGCAUUUGAUGCUGCUGCUUUCUUUCAGUCAGUAGGAAAUUUCCUGGGGAUCUUUGCUGGAUCAUUUGCUAUGGGAUCCUCCUAUGCAGUUGUCACAGCUUUAUUGACAAAAUUUACAAAGCUGUGUGAAUUCCCCAUGUUGGAGACAGGUCUGUUUUUCCUCCUUUCUUGGAGCGCCUUCUUAUCAGCAGAAGCUGCUGGUCUCACAGGUAUUGUUGCAGUUCUUUUCUGUGGAGUCACACAAGCCCAUUAUACCUACAACAAUCUCUCAUCAGAUUCCAAAAUGAGAACUAAACAGUUGUUCGAGUUCAUGAACUUCUUAGCUGAGAAUGUCAUCUUCUGUUACAUGGGACUUGCACUGUUCACCUUUCAAAAUCAUAUCUUCAGUCCUCUUUUUAUAUUUGGUGCAUUUCUGGCAGUCUUUGUAGCAAGAGCUUGCAACAUAUAUCCACUUACUUUCCUUUUGAAUUUUGGUCGAAAACAAAAAAUUCCCAGAAAUUUUCAACACAUGAUGAUGUUCUCAGGUUUACGUGGUGCAAUAGCUUUUGCAUUGGCUAUUCAAGACACAGAAUCCCAGUCCAAACAAAUGAUGUUCACAACAGCAUUGCUUAUUGUGUUUUUCACAGUCUGGGUAUUUGGUGGAGGCACAACACCAAUGCUCACGUGGCUUCAGAUCAGCACUGCAGAAGCUGCCUGCUCUCAUGAUGGUGCUGGGAACACCUAUGGGGUUUCUAAUGCAACCUCUCUGGAGACAGCAAGAGAGAAGACAAUAUGUGGAAGGGAAAACCAGUCAUGUGCCUAGUGAUGUGUCCUGAAAGCCAAUCCAGGCCAAAGGACUGCAGUCAGCUGAGGUGAGGAAUGACUUUUUAGCUUGAUCAGCCUGAAUAUUGUGCUCUGUCAGUGACUUCUACACAGCUCAGAUUGAAAGAGUGCAUCUCCUUGCAGCAAUUGAUCAUGAACUAUAUUCAUGCAGAAGUUUGUCUUUUACUCCUCUUCAUUUACUCCUAAAUUAAGUGGAAAGUUUCGCUCUGAGUAAAAGCAUUUCAGUUUUCAAGUCUCACAUAGGCAUGCAGAGAUUUUCCCUCCUGAAGCACAGCUCGUCUUUGAGAUACUCGGAAACCAACAGCCAAGAGCAUGUGUUUAUAUCUUCAGAUGAUCCAUAAUUCAAGAGCUAUAAAUUAUUACAAGCCUUCUUAAUUGUUUUGCUUGUAUCCCUUUGAACACAUUUCCCUUUCACCAUUUGUCAAGAGGAAGGAAAGUCAGUAUAUAAAAGGAAGUUUAAUUAAUAUUUUUCUCUUUGCCUUGGCACAUUCUCUCUCCUAUAACUAUAUUCCUUUGGGUUGUAUUUCCUCUAGAGUCCUGGAAAACAAGUUAGUGAAAGCAAAGGAUCUGUUGAUUUACUAUUGAAUAUAUAAUGUCAGCUUAAGUAUCUUCAAUUAUAAUUUGCUAGUGACCACAAUACAGAGAGAAACUGUUAAAUUAGAGGCAAUAUGUUUUCAAGUGCUGUAAUGUUUCUGCACAACAUAUUGCUUAUUACUUUGUUUUGUUUUUAGAGUACUCAUUUCAAAAUGAGUACUGUACCUGGUUGCCAGCUGUCUGUACCUACAUUCAAAGGACAACAGUGCAACAAGCAUCUUUUAUACUGAUGAUAGAUUGAAUGUCACUGUGCUAACAAACAUGAAAAGCAGGCUGACAAAUGAGAAGCCACACUUGUCUCUCCUUAGGCUCUCCUCACUAUUAAGAUAUUACUGAUUUAUGUAAAUUUAAAAAAAAAAUACAAAAAAAACCAAACCAUAAAAAACCAUUGGGUUUUAGCUAGCUAAAUAUAUUUUUAACACCGAAGUAUUGCUAGAUGUGAUUAUUUUCCUUUGCCUAGUAUUCUUUGCUACUGAUUUUGGACCUGUGUAUAUCUACAAGGAACAGGGAAUAGUGUGGUGUUCCUAAAUAAACACAUAUAAGGGAACUGUAUUCUGCUUCAAACACUAAUGUGAACAAAGAAAGCUCUUCUAGGGGUGCACCCACGCUGAAAGUGUUAAUACAAUUGCUGCUUUUAUAGAAGUAGCUAGAACAGGAUUAGGCUGGUAAAUGCUAUAAAUCAAGCUGCAGUAUAAAAUUAGAUAUUAAAUGUAUUGAAUGUUAUUAUAGAAAGAAAAAGUGGAUAAUUUCCUUCCAUUUCUACCUGAAAAUGAGAAAUCAUCCAGGGAAUGAAUCUCAAUGAUCUGCUGAAAUGCCUAUCAUUUAUUUGCAAGGUACUUUUCUGCUAAAAUAAGGUGUGUAUUUGAUCAGUUGAAGUUAUUCACCAUAGCAGUUUGCCUGAGUGAUACUAAACAAGGUUUAUAAACAUUUGCACUGUAAUAGUCCUUGUUUAAAAAAAAUACAAAGAACAAAAUACACAGGGCUUAGGCUUUCUGACUCAAACUGUAAUGGCAAACCAGGGCUGCAGGUGAAUAGGAAAUUUCAGAUUGUAACUGUGAACUGUGCAUGAAAGGUACCUGUCUCCUGCCGUUAACUCUGUUGGUCCUUAUUGACCAGAGGGGUCAAAUUUUGGGCAGAGUCUCCUAAAAAAACAGACUAAACAUUAAAUCUCACAUUGUAUUUCUAGUUCUGCAUAGCUAUUGAAAACAGAAAAGAUGAAAUAUAAGCUUUUAUUGCUUGAAAAUUUGUUACAGGAGAGGGGGAAAAUUGCUUAGUAGUAGAAAGAUCUGUGCCUUUCUGAUAAAGUAUAUGCAAAAUUUCCACAUCUUAAAAUUCCAGAAGAGUUUAUUAAUAUUUCCAGAAAGCUAUACAUUAUCCUGUAGCUUGGGAUAUAACCUGCCUAGAAGCAUUUUAGGAUUUGUGUCAAUUGAAGAAUAUAUCUUAUUUGCUUUUAAAAUACUGUUGUGUUGAUAUGUCUGAGUAGGCAAAAAACCCACUUCCAUUUCAUACAGUGAUGUUGCUCUUCCAUUAAAAUGUAUCUCCCUUUUGCACAAGGUAUCUGUUGUGCAGCAACUGACAUGAUAAAACUGUACAAUCUACAAAAAUGGAAUGAAUCAAGCCAUCUACAAAUGCUGCUAAGGAACUUUUUAAUUACCUGGGACUUCAAAACAAACUGCUGAUGUAUUCCUUUAUGUCAAAAUAUGCCUAAUUUGGACCUCUAACUUGUUCACUGAAAUUAAAUUAGUGCAAGUGUAAACCCAGUUGACCUCAAGCAUAUGCAAAAGUUGGGUUUAUCAGAGUAAAAGAGAAAAUAGAGAAAAAUAAUUUGAGCCUUUAAAAGCUAAAAAUUAAUAAAUAUGUGAUAAUGAAUCCUGGCUCUAGAAAAAAUAAUGAUCAAAUUUUACUGAGAUACACCUUACAUCACUGUUUUGUAGGUAUUGAUCAAAAUGCCUCUUAACUCUCUCUAAUACUGAUCAGAUACUGUUGUUUUUUGUAAAAUAAUUCAUUUGGAAACUGGCUGAAAUUUCUUUGUUAAAGAAUAAUCACACAGAACCACAGAAUCACAGAAUCACAGAAUGACCCGG